AUGCCCAAUUCGCCACGGACUUCCCGGAACAUUGGGAAUCGGUGUACGGAGUCAAGCUGGAUCGGAUUCAUAGUUUACGUGAACAUCGUGGCGUUGAAGAAUCGGGUCUGGAUUCAGCUGAAUGAUCUUUGUGAUGCGCUGGCAUCCAAGAUAACAGAUUUUGAAGCUCUGAAUCUUGCAUCUACGAAAUACGAGAUUCAGGAUUGGGAGAGUAUGGCUUAG